AUGUCUUCCAGUCAUCCCAAAGUUGCUGUUGAUGGUGAUGCACCUCCUCCUGCACCAUCGCUCCCUCCAUUUGUUGGCUCGUUUGCUGGCCUAAGGUCUUCAAAUAUCCCUUCAGUCCGGCCACCAACUGUGCCCGCUCAUGGUCCUCCCGGCGCAACUCUUGUAGAGUUGCUGACCUACAACGGGUAUCCUUUCAAGGAUCACUGGGCAUACUUUGUCCAGUCUCAAGGCGACCCGGACCUCGGGGUUGUGCUGCACGCGACUGGGGACGUGAUAAACGGGUUUUCACUCGAGUUUAAACGCAGCACUGACCUCAAGGCUACCGACGACCUUCCCUCUUCAAGAAUUCCCCUGCAGUGGGUUGACGGUCGCUUCUUCAACGAGAAGGCAAUGUUCAACAACGGGCCUACUGUAGACAGCAUCCCCGUGUGCAUAUUUGAGUCCUCGGUGAGCAAAGUAAAUGCCCCUGAGAAGUCACUCAACUCAGUCGAUACCGCUCCUUCCUCACGAACAGCAGUUAAGCAGCGAAACUGCCAGACUUGGAUCAUUGAAUCGGCAGAUCAACUUGUCAAAGACGGUAUUUUUAGUGCAGAAACUGCUUCCUAUCUUCGAGGUGCCGAACAGUGA